AUGGCGUCGCCUAUGGCCAGUACUAGUGCAGGUAUUCCUUCCAUGCAGUCUCAAUCCCGAAGCGGUGAGAAAAAUUCGAAACGGGUCAGUCUACCAAUUCGCCACACUGUCACCGCCUUCGACAGAGGCCUCAUCACUCAAUCUCUUAUCGAUGCGGAAGGAGAGCUCAAAGAGCAUAAGAUGGAGCUCAACAGGCUAAAAGCAGCCAUCAUCGCAGUAGAAGGCAGGAGAGCUGCGGUGGAGAGGGACAUCAAGGGUUAUCGGUCGUUGUUGUCGCCCAUUCAGAAGAUGCCCCCAGAAAUCUUGACAGAAAUCUUCGGGUAUUGUUCUCACGAUGUUGAUAUGUCUGGGGAGGCGAUGCCUAUGCCCAUCGUAAUUUCUAUGGUCUGUGGCCGGUGGAGGGAACAAGCGCUUUCAACGCCAUCUAUGUGGUCGUCCAUCAACAUCUACAUUUCGCCCCAAAAUGAUGAAGGCCCUGACAAGGAUUGGUUGCGGAUGUUACGUCUUACGCGUUUAUUUCUUGAACGGUCUUCGACGUCUCGUUUGAAGGUGGACCUAACGUGGUUCACAAAUGGUUUAGCAACGGAUCCCGAAAUAGACGUGGUUUUGGUGGAUCAUAUUAUGGAGGCACUACACUGGAACACUCACCGUUUAUACGACUUUCGCCUAAAGUUUACCUCGGUCCUCGCACAUAAUUUCUCCUUUCAACGUCUUCGUACAAGUUACCCCAUUCUGAGGCGACUUGAACUAUCGAUCAACGAAUACACUGAUGGUUUCGAGGUGUACGCAGCGCCAACCAAUUUCUUUGAGAUUUUGCCUGCUCUUCAUUCCGUGAGUCUGAUUGGGAAAUGGGCGAAAUCUGGGUUGAUUGUACCAUGGGGAACACUCUCCACUCUCCACCUCUCUGGAAAUGUGACUGGUCUCCGAUCAAUGUUGACCUCGUGUACAAACCUGCGCCGUCUCGAGUUACACGAUAUGGGCAUCCCCGCAAUGGAUUAUUAUGCUCAGGAAGGGCAGAUCUUCUCAAACAUCGAGCAGUUGUCCAUCACGUGUACCACCAGCAUCUCUUGCCUUGCACACAUUCUUGAACAUCUCACACUCCCUUGCGUGAGUACACUAGAGCUCAACUGUGUUAUUUUCAUCUACAGAUCUGGGCCACUGGCUUUGGAGGCCCUCGAGGACCUCCUCGUACGCUCUGGAUGUAAUAUCACCUCCUUCAGCCUGAACCGCGUAAUAUUUCCUAGCCCUACUAGCCUCGUCCCACUUCUCUAUCGCAUGCCCACCAUCCGAGACCUCACCUUCGAGGAGCUAACGGAAGAUUCGCUCGAAGGAGAUGUUCACAACCUCACCGUAAUCUCUCCCUUUCUCCAUCAUCUUGACCGAAACCAUCGGGAAAGUUCCAGUGUAUCAAACCCCGCCGGGCCUUUUCUACCACAGCUCACCGACCUCAAACUGAUUGUCCACGAGGAUGGCUUGGAGGAAGAUUCUCUCAUGAAUGCUAUCGGUUCUAGAUGGAGCGACAGAGGAAGUUUUGUCGUUAACGAUUCUCAACCACCAGCAAAUCUUGACGUUGUAACCUUGAAGUCGGUGGAAAUAGGAGUUUUGACGUGGAAUGAACAGUUGUCGGAGUCGAUUUUGGGUUUAGAAUGCUUUAGAGAUGCUGGAUUGAGGAUCUCUGUACGAUGGAUACAACCCACUCCAUUUCUUCUCUCGCCUUGUCAUGAACCAAUAAUCCGUUGA